UCCUUUGAUAUUGUGUUUAUGUAUUUUUAUAAACAUAUAUAAAGCACGCCGUGCUUUAGUAAAGCGAUCCUGAGACCAUGAAUAAUGAACGUUAUGAGGCCCAACCCCCUCUCUCUCGCUGUCCUCUCCGUUUUCAUUUGCUUUCUCUCACAGAUCAUGUGACCACUCUGAGGCCAGUAAUUAUUCAUGAGCUCUGCACCGCACCGCAGGACCUGCGCGAGAGAGCCUCCGGCUCUGAGCUGAGGCCCCGCUCCAGCUGCACGCAGGGGCCCAUCGGCCUGCAAGGGUCAGACGGCGACACCUUACACCGCAGACGGCGAGGAAACACUCACCCUCACCCCGCCACUCUCUGGAUGAAUAAAAGAUGCCCACAAAAGAGAAAAAACCAACAGAAACCGAAGAAAGGGAUGACGAAGGAGAGGAGAAGGAGCCAACGGUGAAAGGAAAGAGUAAGAAGGAUGCAAAGACAAGACAGAAGAGCUCAGAGGAGAAGACAGCAAGCACUGAGACACUUACAGAGAAGGAGAAGAGAAAAAAGAGUGACUCCGUAAAAGAGAAAAAGAAAAAGAAGAGUAAGGAAGAUGUCGAGGUGACAGAGAAUGACAACGGGACAGACGAACAGAACAACAAUGAGCCUGUCGGCAAAGAAAAACGGACCAAAGGGAAAUCCUCAAACGAGGAACGGGACGUAAAAGAGGUAAGGAAAGAGAAGAAAAAGAAGAGUAAACCAUCCGAAAGCAAAGAAGGACAAGAAGACAUGGGGUCCAAGGAGAAAAAGAGCAAAGACGGCAAGAAAAAGAAGAAGUCUGCCGAGGAAGAGGAGGAUGAGGACGCCGUGCAGGAGGAGGCAGAGGAAGAGGAGGAUAAGAAGAAGAAGAAAAAGGAUAAAAAGAAAAAGAAAGGCUCCGACAGCGACGAGGACAAGAAAGCAAAGAAGGGGAAGAAGUCAAAGGUUAAACAGGUGGAUUAUGCCGAGAUCUACCAGGAGGAGCUGCUGAACUAUCACACGGAGGAAUCCGAUGAUCAAGAAGACGAAUUCAACAAAAAGAAAGUUUACGAGGUGGUGACCGUCACAGGUGAUGUUAAAGGUGCUGGGACUGAUGCUAAUGUGUUCAUCACCUUGUAUGGAGAGUUUGGAGUGACUCCCAAAGUUCACCUGGCCAGCAAGAGCAGAACAGCCUUCGAAAAGAACAAGACUGAUGUCUUUAGGAUCAAAACUCACAAUGUUGGGCCAAUAAAGAAAAUUAGAAUUGAGCAUGAUAACACAGGCAUGAGCGCCAGUUGGUUCCUGGACCGAGUCAUUGUGACUGACAUGAAUAGGCCACACCUCCGUUUCUUUUACGCCUGCAACAAUUGGCUGAGCAGAGAAGAGGGGGACGGACUUACUGUCCGAUAUCUGUUGGGCAGCCUAAACCCCAUGGACAUUCCAAAACAGAACAAGUACAUAGCCAGUGUCUUCACAAUGGAUGCUAAAGGCAGUGGGACCGAUGCUGAUGUCUAUCUAAAUAUUUUUGGAGAGUUUGGGGAUACAGGAGAACGGAAGCUGGCCAGCGAGGGAAAGGACAAUUUUGAGCGCGGUAAUGAAGACAAAUUCACCAUUGAAGCACCAAAUCUUGGCAGACUCAGAAAAAUCACCAUCGGACACAACAACAGGGGGUCUUCUGCUGGUUGGGCGUGUCAUAAAGUUGUAAUAGAUGACAUGGGGAAUAAAGAGGUUUAUGAGUUUCUUGUUGACGCCUGGUUUGACAUCUCAGAAGGGGACGGCAAAAUACAAAGAGAUGUGCUCGUCGGGGCCACACAACCAAUGGCGAUUGUGUAUAACGUACAGGUGAUGACCGGUGAUAUUCGUGGAGCGGGCACUGAUUCUAAAAUCCACCUCGUAAUGUACGGUCAUAAGGGAAUUAAGAACAGUGGCAAGUUGUUCCUGGAGGGCGGCACGUUUGAGCGCGCCCAGAUCGACAUCUUUAACGUUGAGCUGCUGGAACUGCUCAGUCCGCUCAGUAGAGUCACGAUCGGACAGGACAACGCUGGGAUUGGCUGCGGCUGGUAUUGCGAAAAGGUGACUGUAUACUGCCCAUUCACAGGCUUAGAGCAGGUAUUUCCCUGCGGAAGGUGGUUGGAUGAAGAUGAGGGCGAUGGACUGGUGGAGCGAGAACUGUACGAGAUGGUCUCACUCAGACAGAAAAAGCAAAAGAAAUUCCCCUGGUCUCUGUGGGUCUGGACGUCGGAGAUUAAAGGUUCCGGCACAGAUGCACAGGUUUUUCUGCAGGUGUACGGAGAGAAUGGCAAGAGUGAUGAGAUGAAACUCGAGAGCAAAUCUGACAGUUUUGAACAGGGACAGUGCGACAAGUUCAUUAUUGAGAUGCCCGAUAUCGGGAAGAUACGCAAGCUGAGAAUCUGGCACGAAAAGAGGCAUCCUUUCUCUGGCUGGCAUCUUGGCAGGGUGACACUGAUGAAGACCCUUACUAGAGAGAAAUACUCAUUUAUUUGUAACCGUUGGUUGGACAUCAAUGAAGACGACAAUGAGAUAGUUAGAGAACUGCCAGCUACUGGAAAACUUGUGCCAGAACCUUUACCACUUAUUAAGUAUCGCGUGACGAUUUGCACGGGAAACAUCAGUGGAAGUGGAACAGAUGCCAGUGUUUAUUUAAACAUCAUUGGUGACUUAGGAGACACCGGAGAGCGUCUGAUGUUCAUGAGCAAAAACAACGUCAACAAGUUUGAGAAAGGAAAUGCUGAUGAGUUCCUGGUAGAGGCGGUUACACUGGGACAGAUCAGGAGGAUUCGGAUUGGUCAUGAUGGACGAGGCGGAGGCUGUGGUUGGUUCCUGGAUAAGGUGAUGAUCAGAGAGGAGGGGCAACCUGAGGCAUCAUCCAUCGAGUUCCCAUGUUUCAGGUGGUUGGAUCGUAACGAAGACGACGGACAGAUUGUGAGAGAGUUAGUCCCUACUGAUGAUGGUCAACGUUUGUUCACUGUUGGCUAUCACAUUGCGAUAAAGACAGGCAGUAUUAAUGGUGCCAGCUCAGAUUCAAAGGUGUUCGUAAAGCUGUACGGAGAGAAAGGCGACACCAACAAGAUGCUGCUGGUCGUCUCCGAUAACGACCUGGGGAACUAUUUUGAGACGGGACAGACGGACAUCUUCACAAUAGAGACCUUUGACAUUGGCAAGAUAAACAGGUUGCUGAUUGGCCACACUAAUGAGGGCCUGCGAGCUGGUUGGUUUCUGGACAGCGUUCAGAUCUGGGUGCCGGUGCAUGGGCUGCAGUACAUGUUCCCGAGUCACCGCUGGCUCUGUAAGGAUGAGGCUGAUGGGAAAGUAGAGGUGGAAAUCUACCCAAGUGAGACGCUGGAGAUAGAGAAAUUGAUCAAUUAUGAGGUUACCGUAGUGACAGGAGACGUGUGGGUCGGAGGGACAAAUGCAAAUGUAUUCCUGCAGAUUUAUGGUGAGGAAGGAAAAACUGAACUAAUACAGCUCAAGAGCCGAUCAAACAACUUUGAGAGAGGAACCACUGAGAUCUUUAGGAUUGAGGCCCUAGAUGUGGGGCGGAUCUAUAAGAUCCGGAUCGGCCAUGACGGCUCGGGAAUAGGAGCUGGAUGGUUCCUGGAGAAAGUGGACGUUAAACGGCUGGUCAUGGCAAUGGUGAAACCAGAGAAGAAAGAGGAGGACAAGAAAGACAAGAAGAAGAAAAAGAAGAAAAAGGAGGAAGAAGAGGAAUCUCCAGGUGAAUUGAAGGAGGUUGUUCGAAGUUACAGUUUCCCAUGUGGCCGAUGGCUCGCUCGUGAUGAAGAGGAUGGAGAGAUACUCGUAGAGCUGUGUGCUGAGGAUUAUGAAGAUCUAGAGGACAACUCAUAUGAAGUUCAUGUGUUCACUGGGAAUAUGCUGGGGGCUGGAACCGAUGCAGGUGUUUACAUCAACAUCUAUGGAGAAAUGGGCGACACGGGCGAGAGAAAACUACGCAAGUCAAACCAUCUUAACAAGUUUGAGCGUGGGCAGGAGGACAUAUUCACAAUCACGGGGAUGGAUCUGGGGCAGUUGAAGAAACUGAGGAUUCGUCAUGACAACAAGCAGGCAAAUGCUUCGUGGUACUUGGACCGCGUUGAGAUCUUUGAUACAAAAGAUGAAACCAUGUAUUUUUUUCCAUGUCAGCGCUGGUUGGCAGUUGACGAAGACGACGGGCAGCUGUGCCGUGAGUUAGUGCCUGUGGACGAGGCUUUCAUGAAGAGGGAUGAAGAUGAAGAAGAGGAGUCGUCGCCUGCUCAACUUGGACUAGAGCAAAAAGCCAUGUCAACCACAUUCACAAUGAGAGUAAAAACAGGGGAGAAGAAGAACGCCGGGACAGAUGCAAACGUUUUCGCUGUUCUUUACGGAACCAAAGAUGACACAGGUAUCAUUAAUCUAAAGGCUUCUAAGAACCAUAAGAACAAGUUUGAGUUGGGAAUGAUCGAUGAGUUCACCAUUGAGGCUGUGGACAUCGGAAAACUCAAGAGAAUCCGCAUUGGACACGACAACGCAGGUGGGUCUCCGGGCUGGUUUCUGGACUGGGUGGAGAUUGACGCUCCGUCUCUCGGUCAGCUGCUGCGGUUUCCAUGUGGCCGCUGGUUGGAUAAAGGAGAAGAUGAUGGUGCCAUUGUCAGAGACCUGUACCCUAAUGAACUGCAGACAAAACUAUACACUCCCUUUGUUCCCUAUGAAAUUAAAAUCUUCACCAGUGAUAUAUUUGCUGCGGGAACAGACGCAGACGUCUUCAUCAUUCUGUACGGGCAGAAUGGAGUGUGUACAUCUCAGAAAUCUCUCUGCGUCAACAAGAGAGAGAGGAGGAUGUAUUUUGAACGGGGGGCGGAGGACAUGUUCAUUGUAGAGUUGGAGGACAUCGGAGAUAUCAUUGAGAAAAUCCGUAUCGGUCACGAUAAUCGUGGGGUGAAUCCUGGCUGGCAUUUAGAUCGUGUGGAAAUUCGCAGACUGCUCCGGAAAGGGAAGGGCUCUGAGACGGCAAUAUUCCCGUGUGAGGGAUGGUUGGCUCGCUCGGAGGAGGACGGCGAGACAAUUCGAGAGCUGGUGCCGUCUGACAUCAUCGUAGAGAAACUAUCACGAGACGGAACCCUCAAAGUCAUCGAGACAGAGGUGGACGACGCGCUGGAGAUACACACAUAUACAGUGACAGUAACCACAGGGGAUGUGUAUGGAGCGGGCACUGAUGCAAACGUGUUCAUCACUCUUUAUGGAGACAUGGGCGACACAGGAGAACGCAAACUAAGCAAGUCUGAGAACAGCAACAAGUUUGAGAGAGGAUCGGUGGAUACAUUCACAAUGGAGGCAGUGGAUCUGGGCCAGGUGUUCAAGAUCCGUGUUCGCCAUGACAACAGCAUGCUGAGUGCUGAUUGGUACCUGGACCAGGUGGAAGUGCUGGACCAAGACACAGAGGAAGUGUUUCUCUUUUUGUGUGAGCGUUGGCUCUCGAGAAAGAAGGAGGACAAACGGAUCGACAGGGUGUUCUACGUUAAGGGGUAUGAGGGAGAGCGAGAGACCGCCUUCUGUCCAAUUAAAAAAGUGACAAAUCUCGACAGCAACAUGAACAAGAAAAACAAGAAACGUCAUUCAGAGGAAGAUGAGGAAGAGGAAGGAUCACUGAUUCCCUACCACUUUUCGGUAACGACGGGUUCAGAUCGGGAUGCUGGGACGAGUAGCCGAGUGUAUGUCAUCAUCAUAGGAAAGAAGAACAAGAGUACAGACCGCCUCUGGCUCGACUUAGAUGGGAAAAACGCAUUCCUGCCUGGAUCCCUGGAUUACUUCACCUGUUAUGGAUCUGAUGUUGGCGAGAUCAAGACAGUGCAAUUGGGUCAUGAUGGGGCGACCCCAGAGAGCUGCUGGUUAGUGGAGGAGUUGUCCGUUGAGGUGCCGACUAAAGCAGUGCGGUACGUGUUCCACUGUAAAUGCUGGUUGGCUAAAGACAGAGGAGACGGACUCACCGCCCGCUUCCUAAAUGUGCAGGAUGCAGAAAUUGUCAACAUCUCACAGAAGGUGAUCUAUGAGGCAACCGUGAUAACAGGAGAUGUCCAGCAUGCCGGUACGGACACACAGAUCUAUAUGACUGUGUUUGGAGUCUACGGCACAUCAGAGGAAAUGCUGCUGCCAAAAUUAGAGGACAGGUUUGAACGAGGGCAGAAAGACACAUUCAAUCUGGAGAUUGAGGAUAUCGCUCCUUUGAGAAAGAUGAGAGUGCGUAUAGAUGGUUCUGGAAGCAGACCUGACUGGUUCCUGGAUAAGAUUGAACUGCAUAACCUGCAGUCAGAUGAAGUGGCAUUAUUUACGUACGAGGAAUGGCUGUCUCGCUCAUACGGGCCCAAGCGAACCCUCAUAUGUGAAAUGCCUGCUGUGAUAAAUGACGAGGAAAUGGUGGAGCUCACCACCUACACGGUUUCUGUGAAGACCAGCGAUGCAACUGCGGCUGGAACCGAUGCUAAUGUGUGGAUGAUUAUUUUCGGCGAGAAUGGUGACACUGGAACACUAGCUUUGAAAGAAAGCAACAACACCAACAAGUUUGAACGCAAGCAGAUGGACACAUUCCGUUUCCAAGACAUCCUCAGCCUGGGCGAGCUCUCGAAAGUGCGCAUUUGGCAUGACAACUCAGGUCUGGCUCCUGGUUGGCACCUGGAGUAUGUGGAUGUGCAUGAUGACAUCAUGGGGAAGAAGUUUCGUUUCCAGUGUGACCGCUGGCUCGCCAAGAACGAGGAUGAUGGACAGAUAAUGAGAGAGCUGGCAUGUGCCAACAAUGAUGCUGUGGAUUUCGAUGAAAAAACCAAAUAUGAGAUUCUGGUCAUGACAGCAGAUACAGAUGAUGCUGAAACCAAAGAGAAUGCCUGGAUCGUUCUAGAAGGGAAGAAGGGACGUUCCAAAGAGUUUGUGUUGGAGAACUCGACUAAGAAGAAGCGUUUUUUACGAGGCUGUACGGACCGCUUUGAGUUCUCCUCCAAGGAGUUGGGAGACAUCGCUAGUAUCUGUCUGGGACACAUCCCUAAAGAUGGCAAGAAAGUCAAAGUUGAAGCCUCCUGGUGGGUGGAGGAGGUUGUUGUCACAGAGAAGGAGCUAGGCAAUAAGUAUAUCUUCCGAUGUGACGCCGCCAUCCCUCUUUCCUCAAAACGAGACGAGUUCCAGACAUUCGAGUGCAGCAAAUUCAUUGAGAGCUUCACCAGCAAGGCCCAAAGCCUCGUACCUGUAAAAUACGAGGCCAUCGUUAUCACAGGCGACGAGAAGGGUGCAGGCACCGACGCCAACGUCUUCAUCACCAUCUUCGGCUCUAACGGCGACUCCGGCCGGAGGCAGCUCUGCCAGAAGUUCCGGAACCUGUUUGAGCGCGGUCAGACGAACCGGUUUAUUCUAGAACUGCUGGACAUGGGCGACCUGCUCCGAGUGUGUGUGGAACACGAUAACUCCGGACUCAGUCCUGGUUGGCUUCUGAGCAGGAUCGAGAUUACAAACACGGCCAAUGGUGUGACGACGAUAUUCAUUUGUGGGAAAUGGCUGGACAAGAACAAAGCAGACGGGAGGAUAAAGCGUGUGAUCUAUCCAAAGUAUUGAUUGACAUUUAAUCAACCAGUCAAUGAUUAAAUCAGUAUUAGUAGUGAUUUUUCAUUACAAGAAAUUCUCAUAUCAACAAUCCUCCAUCAUUUACUUCCUCUCAAGUAGUUCCAAACCUGUAUGAAUUUGUUUGUUCUGCUGAACACAAAGGAAGAUAUUUGGAAGAAUGUGUGUAACCAAGCAGAUCUCGCCUCCAUUUACUAGCAUAGUAUUUAUUUUUCCUACUAUGGUAGUC